GAGCACCAGGUGGUGAAAUGUCAAUAGAUGAUAGUGGUGUCAGAGGAUACUGUUAUUAAAACAAGAUUGAAUACACUUCAGUUAUCAGAGAAAUGCAAUCAUAAUCUACAAUAAAUUGGCUACUGAAGAUAUACAUGAGUCCGCAGUUACAACGAUUUACUAACGCAUAUAUAUGCACAUAACCUCUUCUCCCAUACUGCACUGUUUGUCAGAAUCAGUUCUUGAAGUUUGUUGGGGUGUGUUAAUGACACAAUAAUUACACAAGACAGUGAUUACUGCUUUGCAGAUAUAUGAAUCUGCUUUGUUAAUGGCUAGUGGGAAACAUUUACAUGACCUUGAAGGAAAUUCCACACACUUUGUGAUGGAAAGAGCAAAUGACAGCUUCUGUUUGAAGAAAGACAUGAAUGACUGGCAAUUUUCUCACUCUAAACUAUUGACCCUUCCUUUAGAUAUUACACAGGAAAACUAUGUUCGGUGUAACGUAAAAAAUUCAAUUUUUUCCGUUGUUUUGCCAACACCAUUAAAAACAAAACUAAAAUUGGUAUCUUAUUCUGAAGAUGCCCUAGUCAAUAUUCUUGAUAUGGAUCCUUCAGUUACAAAAACUGAUGAGUUUCUAGAAUUUGUAGCAGGAAAUAGAAUUCUUCCAAGUUCAGUUCCUCUUGCACAUCGAUAUGGGGGUCACCAGUUCGGUGUUUGGGCAAUGCAAUUAGGAGAUGGCAGAGCACAUUUGCUUGGUGAAUACAUAAACAGGACAGGGGAUCGAUGGGAAUUGCAACUUAAAGGCUCUGGAAAGACCCCAUAUUCAAGAAGCGCUGAUGGGCGUGCAGUACUUCGUUCAUCUGUCCGUGAAUUUAUUUGUUCUGAAGCUAUGUAUUACUUGGGUAUUCCAACAUCCCGAGCUGCAAGUCUUGUUGUAACUGAUGACCCAGUUUUGAGGGACCAGUUCUACCGUGGUCUUGAAAUGACCGAGAGGGCGGCAGUCGUUCUCCGUUUGGCACCGUCUUGGUUUCGAUUUGGUUCGCUUCAGAUCCUGGCUCACAACGAAGAGCUUACAGUAUUAAAACAACUUUUAGAUUUUAUAUUAAUUGAACACUACCCACAGAUCGAUCCAGGGGACGAGAACAAGUACGUCCAGCUGUUCAGCCAGAUAGCCCAUAAGACGGUGGAUCUAACUGUGGGCUGGCAGAGCGUUGGUUUUGUACAUGGAGUCCUGAACACAGACAAUAUGAGCAUGGUUGCCAUUACUAUUGAUUACGGACCUUUUGGAUUUGUGGAAGCAUAUGACCCACAGUUUGUUCCAAAUUAUUCAGACAAAGAAGGAAGAUACCGUUUGAACAGACAGCUAGAGAUUGCGGAAUGGAACUUGAAAAAAUUGUCACAGGCGUUCAUUCCUCUUCUCGACGAGUCGCAAGUAAUCCAGGUGAUGGAAGAGCUACAGAACCUUGGACAAAGUACUAGUAAAAAACUAAGAUCUGCAUUUAGAAAGAAGUUGGGAUUUCUUCAGGAUAUAGAUGCCGCCGACAAUCGGCUUAUCAAGCUCUUACUACAGAUGAUGGAGGAAACGCGAGCUGAUUUCACUAUGACAUUUAGGCAGCUCGGGGAAAUCUCCUUAACAGAUUUAGGGAACCCACAAGCACUGAAGAGUUAUUGGUCUCUUAAAAAGCUAUCGAGUCAUGAUAACUAUCCUGCAUUUGUGGAAGCUUAUCUGAAAAGACUUCAAGUGGAAAAAGAUCUCACAGAUGAAGAAAGGAAACGUCGCAUGUGCCAAGUGAACCCACGAUACGUGCUGAGGAACUGGAUCGCACAAACUGCUAUUGAGAAAGCUGAGGCAGACAAUUUUAGUGAAGUACAGUUUCUGCUAGAAGUUCUGCGACACCCAUUCACUAUCAAUGAAGAGGCAGAAAAAAAAGGAUACGCUGAUCCCCCUCCUGAAUGGUCAUGCACCAUCAGAGUGUCCUGUUCCAGCUAAGAUUUUGGAUCCACAAAACAUGUGUUCUAUUAUAUAUGUGGGUUAUACAAAUUUAUUUUUUAAUGUAAGUUUGGCAUUUGUUACACAAUAUAUAUUAUUUUACUAAACUGCCAGGAAAAACAAUGUAAACAAUUGUACAUAAUACCGGGUCUACAAUUUAUGAGAUUCUGCUUGCGUUGCGUGGUCGGCCGAGUCAGUUUCGGUGCUGCUAGUAACAGCGAACUACGAAUAUUUCUCGUCACUAAUACAUGUUAUUACGUGUUAACGAGAUGUGAAGCUUGCCUGCAAGCACAAGGAAGUCACUUUGAGCAUCUUUUGUGAUUUAAGGUAAGAACAAUCAAUGCAAUAACAUGUAUCAGUGACGAGAAACACUCGCAGCUCGCUGUCACUAGCGGCACCUAAACUGAUUCGCCCGUGACUCACGCUGACAAGUCCCGACCACGCAACGCAAGCACACCCCGAAUCUCAUAAAUUGUAGACCCGGUAUAUAGAAGAAAUUAAAUGGACAAGUACUUUUUUUGUACAAACUGGAUCGAACACUUACAUUCAUUGUUUUUAAAUAGAAUUUUCGACUUUGGAUUCUACAAAACAUGAAAACUUCAUCCUGUCAUUGCUAUUUGUGAAAUAUAAUCAACUAAAAGAGAACUUCCUCCAAAAAUGUUAUAAACGCAAAGAAUCAAAUACAAAGAAAAAUCGUAUCUGGCGCACACAAAUUAAUUUUUACAUGUUCAAGCUUUAUAAAGAUAUACUAAGAAUAACUGUUGAUGCGGACAACAGUACUUCAAUGCUGAUAAAGACAGAAACAAAAAUGUAUUUCUACAGAUUAACUUCAGAAUGCUCUGUUCUCUCCUCUGUCUCGACGCUGCCUUCCCCAAUCUUGCCCUUGCCGGUUGAAAUUCUGGCGAUCUCUGAAACCGCCUUGGUUCCCACCACGAUUGAAGUAGUUACCUUUAAAAUUAAAUUAAAAAAAUGGAAACAUACAUUACAUUUCUGCCAUAAACCAAAAUAAUAUGAGAUGAACAUUAAAAUUAACUACGAUGAUUACUAACAGACGUCAGUAAUAAUGUUUACCUGCCAGUCUCUUCAUACUUGUACCUGAAGUUAAUGACACAUGCAGAUGGCGAUGUACAAAAUUAGCAUUAAACUUUGAUAUCUAUAGCAAAUUA